AUGGCCAUCUCCGCCCAAGCCCACAUUCCGAGCACUCCGCGCGUCAUCAGCCCGUCGCCAACGCCCUCUGAGUCGAGCGCCUCGGGCUACUUCACGCGCUCGGCUGCGCGCCGCGCAAACAGCACGCGCGACGUCACGUCACCCAUGUCGAUCAGCGAGGUCGACGACCCGGACGAGCUGGGCCGCCGCGCCAGAGUGCGCAGCAGGAGCCCCGUCAAGCGUCGCAUGAGCGGCUUGACUAUCGCCGACAAAGCCAAACUCGAAAACAGCAAGUCCACGUUGGGCUCGCGCAACAAGAAGGACCUGCACCUGCCCAACGGCGACACCAACGGCCACCUCUCGCCCGCCAGCGCCUCGUCGUCGAAUAAAGAGUACUGGCGCAGCCUCAGCCGGAGCCCCAGCCCGUUGGGAUUGAUUCCGAUCCACCAAGAGUGGCGGUUGUUUAUUCACCGCCACGAGAUCCCACGGAAGGUGCUGCACACGUCCAUUGGCUUUCUGACUCUCGGCCUCUACACGUCGCGCACGCAGCCCUCGUCGAUCCACCCCAUCCUGCUCUCCCUCCUCAUCCCCAUCGCCACCGUCGACUUCUUCCGGCACCGCUUCUCGGCCCUGAACCGCACGUACAUCCGCCUGCUCGGCGCGCUGAUGCGCGAGUCCGAGGUCGACGGCUGGAACGGCGUCAUCUGGUACCUGUUCGGCACGUGGGCAGCGCUGCGCUUCUUCCCCAAGGACGUGGGCGUCCUGGCCGUCAUGCUGCUGUCGUGGUGCGACACGGCGGCCAGCACGGCCGGUCGCCGCUGGGGCAAGUACACGCCCAAGGUACGGCAGGGCAAGAGCCUGGCGGGCAGCGCGGCGGCGCUGCUCACGGGCGUCGCCACGGCGCUGUGGUUCUACGGCUGGGUCGCGCCCAGCUUCCAGACCGCGUACCCCGGCAUUGACGCCGGCGAGAACGCGUUCGCGUUCCAGGGGCGCUUGACGCUGCCGGGCUCGGUCAGCGGCCUGUUGGGCUGGAGCGAGGGCCAGGGGAGCGUGGGCGGCGGGUUGGCGCUCGGUGUUAUGAGCGUGUGGGCGGGCUUUGUGGCCAGUGCCAGCGAGGCGCUUGACCUGUUUGGGUGGGACGACAAUGUCACGAUUCCGAUUCUGUGCGCUGGAGGGCUGUGGGGUUUCUUGAAGGUGUUUGGACAGGCGUGA